AUGUCCGAACCAGCCAGCGAAGCGCUCGCUCUCGUCGAGCCCGUCGAGCCCGUCGCCGUCCUGCCCUCGAGCGAACCCAGCGAAAAAGCCGCCGCCACCACCACCACCGCCGCAGCUCCUACAUCGUCGCCCCCCGCCCCCCGCCGACUCUCCGCGCUGGCCCGCGCUGACGACUUCCUCGCGCACCUCCAGCGAUGCAUGCAGACGCGCGCCGGCGCCGACACGGUGCUCAUGUUCGCCUGCUAUGCGACGCGGCUCGCCGGCAACGCGCUGGACAUUGGUGGCCACGCGGCGCUCCGGUCCUCGGCGCGGCAGCUCGUCGCCGCGCUCUUCUCGCUGCCGCCCGCCACCACCGUGGUGCUCGACUCGGCCGCCGCCACGCCCCCGGCCAUCCGCGCCGUGCUGGACCUCGCCCAGCGCCUGCUCGCCUACUCGGGCAUGAUCUCGGAGAUGCGCACCAUGGGCCGCCUCUGGGGCCUGCUCGGCCUGUACUCGGCCCUCAAGGGGUUGGUGGCCAAGACCUUUGCCGCUCGCGGCAGGAAGAGCAGCAAUGACCCGCUGAGUGAUGAGGCAGCGGAAAAGACGUUUGACGGGCUGGUCGCGUGGGCGCAGAUGCUGUGCCUGGUCGCCUUCCAGGCGUGCGAGAACGCGGCGUACCUCGGCAGCAAGAAGAUUCUGCCGAUUAAGCCGCUGAACCAGGGCAAGCUGGCCCUACUCAGCGUGCGCUUUUGGGGCGCGUACGUGGCGAUGGAGGUGGCGAGGCACCUGGUGGAGCGCGGGCGCAAGCUGUCCGCGGCCGGCGGCGUGGUCAAGACGGCGGAGGAGAGGCGGUGGCAGGAGGGCUGGCGCAAGGCGUUCUACAGGAACGCGGCGUGGGCGCCGCUCACGAUGCAUUGGGGCACGCCGGGCGGGCUGAUGCCGGACUUCCUGGUCGCGCUGUUCGCGCUGUACCCGGCGACGGGCGGCAUGCGGGAUCUCUGGCGCAGCACGGCGUGA